UCACAUACUCCUCUGUGCCAGCAUCAGGCGUCCCCCUCACGCGUCGUCGCUGGUGUACGCCGCCGGACAGGACAGCCCCGACGCCGACAACGUCGCCCGCUGCCUCCAUCUAGGACCGCGCCGAUGCCACCAGACUGGACCGCCCCGUCACUUGAUUUCACCGCCGAGAUCCCCUCCCUAACCACCGAGGCAAUGCGUGGUGUUGCGGAGGGAACCUACCAAUCCACGUGCGCGUGUCUCAACCUGCUUCCGACCGACGCCGCCGAGGUGGCCCUCCGUGGCCGGUAGCUGCCUCGGCCAUCUUCCGUCACCAUCCACCUAUGCAUCACCCUCAGCAAGGUCACCGCCGCCGCCAUUCUGAUCGCCCCCACUACCAGGUACCUGCACCAUCGGCCCCUUCCCUUCCUGUUGUGUUUGCGAGGUGUGCUCUCCUGCCCUCGCCCAUGCGCCGCCACUGCCCGCACCACCGCACUGCCAACGCUCAAGCUCCAACAAUUGAACCGACGUCGCCCCGAGCCCUCGCCUUUCGAGCUCCAACGUCGCCCCUUGCUCCUCCUUCUCAAGUCCGUCUCUGCGAGCUCCAACGCAGCCCAACCUCUUCACCGGCGCACCCCCUACCGCAUCUCUGCGGGAUGGCGCCAGCGCCUCGCCCGGAUCUCCCUCAUCUCCCUUCUUCAAUCCCCUUAACUCCAGUGGCGCACCUGGUGCACAUCCCGGCGAUACAUGUCUUCACGGUCGACCUCGGCCGGAGGCUGAUCCAGAUCAACGAUGACGCGGCUCUUGAGGCGGCGCCGCCGGCGGUGUCACCGAGGAGUACCUGCUCGAGCUGCCGCGAAGCGCGUACACCGUGGAUGGCGGGCGGCUCAACACCCCUCAGCUCCCUCCUUCCGCGGCUGCCUCUCGCUGUGCCCUCCUCCCGUGCCACUGACCUCGCAGAAUGCACAGCAGUCGACCUCCCCAUCGUCCCUGCUCUGGCUCUAUGUUUGCAAACACUCCAUUUGCACGUAUGUGACUGCUUUUCUGGUCGCAUCUUUGGGAGGGAUUUUUUUUUUUUUGCACUGUAUAGCUAUCCAACUUGCCAUCUUAUUUCUGUGAGGUGUUCCUACAAUGUUUGCAAACCAGGUGAUUUCCACACCUGGCGGUUUCUUCCUUGUGCAAUACAUCCUAUCUACACGAAGUUUAUGCAACCACCUGUAUUUCCAGUCAGAUUGUGACAGUCUAAUGGCAAUAGGGUUUCACUAGCUUCUCAUGCUUUCAUUUGCCUGCAUACCCGUAACGGUAAUUGAAAGAUCAUCAUUUACCUUUGUUCAGAUGACAUCUCAUUGUUCUCUGUUUUCAAUAUACGUGUUCAUCUUGUUUCAUUUACCUCCUAAGCUAGAAUGUUUAGUGUGGAUAAUUUUAUUUUAUGUUCAAGAGUAUGUAUGCACUGCUCUCUAGCUUAUAUGAUUUCUCUGGUCAUUUUUAUUGGACCAACUGAAUUGUGAUCCAGAAUUGCAUCCUGUUUGGAUAGGUCAAUCACUGUUCAGAUCACUGUCAAGUGUCAAUUGUCCAUGAUGCGCUUUUCAUUUUUCAAUAUAUAGCUACUUGAAUAUAUAUCAUUGGGGGCCCCUGUUCUAAAAUGUGCAGCAUGAAAUUCUUUGAUUAUAUAUCCACCUAACAGAAAAUGUAGUUACAAGUGAUUCUUAGUAUAAUGAUUAUUUAUGCCUUUGUUAGGCUCAAUAGAUUUUGGUAUUUGGAUACUCUCUUCAUGCUCAUUUGCAUUGUGAAAAUUAUCACCUGGAAGGUUUUGACGUUCUUAUAGAAAUUUUGAUUUUUCAGGUACCUUAGGUCAGUAGAACUGAUCAACCAAACAGAUGAUGUUACAAUGAUUCUAAAUCUUGAUAUUUUUUGUAAUUAUAGAAAUUUGUUGAAAAGUAACUAUUGCUAGAUCAUGCAUGCAACAUAGCAUGAAGUGUAUGCUCAAAUAAGAAUGUAAAUUUGGUUGUACGGCGGUGUAUUGUCUGGUGUUUAGAAUAGUGUCUUUAGUGUUGGCAGUGCUUCAACAAUGUUAUAGCUUGAAAGAUACUUCAACGAUGAUGGCUGGUUUUAA